AUGUGCCUGAUGUAUGUCGAGGUCUCGUUCUACAACGUGGCGCGGUCGCUGACCAUCUGCUUCAACGUGGUUCUCUCCUAUCUCCUCCUCGGGUCCAAGACCUCGCCCAAGACGAUGUCGGCACUGGUGCUUGUCAUUAUGGGCUUUUACAUCGGGUCCGAGGGCGAGGUCAACUUUUCGCUCAUCGGCACAGUCUUCGGCGUCAUCUCAUCGGUCUUUGUCUGCCUCAACUCGAUCUACACCAAGAAGGUGCUCCCGCACGUCGGCGAGGACAAGUGGGUCCUCGCCUUCUACAACAACGUCAACGCUUCGCUCAUCUUCAUCCCUUGCAUGUGGUUCUCGGGUGAGUUUGCCGUCCUCGCCGAGCACAUGCAGACCCUCUUCUCGCUCACCUUCUGGUUCGGGAUGGUGCUCUCGGGCGUGCUCGGCUUCUCCAUCGGCAUUGUCGUCGUUAUGCAGAUCAAGGCCACCACGCCGCUCACCCACAACGUGUCCGGUACCGCCAAGGCGUGCGCUCAGACAAUGCUCGCCUUUGUCCUCUGGGGCAACGACAUGACCGCUGGUGCUGUCAUGGGUGUCGCCCUCGUCCUCGGUGGCUCGCUCCUCUACGCCUACAUCCGCAUCACCGAGGAGAACGCAAACAAGGCAUCAAAGGCAGCCCAUCCCGAGCCGCUCGAUCUUGAGCAGCAGCAGCAGCAGCAGCAGUCAGAGUAG